AUUGUGGCCGGAAGCAAAUAACGCGCUCAAAAAUGUCACUUUUUAUCUUGUUUGCAGGAGUAAAGGUCAAAAUUAGAACAACAGAUUUAUAGUUCAUACAUUUGAGGAGAUUUCGGUUGGUAAUUGGCACGUGUGAUAAAAACUGUUUCGGUCACCUCUUCUCAGUCUUCCAAUCUGCCUGCCGAGUGUGCUGUGAUGUGAGUUGUCCCACAUUUAUCCUGUAAAGUUAAUUCACUUGGGACUACAACUUCCGUUGGAGAAGUUAUACUUUGAAAGAAGUCACACCAGUCAUGACCGGUGGUAAGAAAAUUUCCAAGACGCGCAGGAUAAGUCGCAGUAGCAUGUCCGCCUCCUUUCUGAUCAAGGAACGUUGGAAGACAUCGUCUGAGCGACUGUCGGAGGCCGUUGAGUUGGUCUCCACCUUCCUGAAUGAGCAGGCCAUCAAAGCUGCCACGUUUGUGGGUCUGGGGAAAAUCUUUGAAACCCCUCACACUGAGGAGAUGGUUGUUCAGCAGUCACGCGUCCUCUGCCGCGAUUACAUCUUCACGAAGCUCCGUGAGAACUCCCUCCUCAAACACGACAUCUACCCACCGGGCCUAGAAGUUAGCGAUGUGGUCCGGGCCUGUCAACCCAAGGGACACGACAAGGCCUGCGGGGCGUGCGACGUCUCCCGCGAACUCAUCACCAUCACCCAGGAGUUUGAUAAGAUGUACCCCUACCUCUUCAAGGACGUCUGCAGCUACCUUCACGUCAACUUCCAGACCGGGGCUCAGAUGCAGACGGUCUUCACGGCCGUGGCUGCCGAGCUCUUUCGGCGGUCCAUCACCUGGGCGCGCGUGGUGGCGCUCUUCGCGUUCGCCGGCGCCCUGGUUGUGGAAUGCGUGGAGCAGGGUCAUGUGAACUAUGCUAAUAUCGUGGUGGAUUCUAUGCAGAAAUUUACCCGAAGACGUCUUGCGGCUUGGAUCGUGAAACAAGGAGGAUGGCCCGCCAUGGUUCAUCACGUUCAGAGCUACCGCGUGUCGGCCUCUCGUCUCUGGUUCUUGUCUGUGAUCGGAGCGGCCGUUGGCAUCACUCUCACGCUGGGCUUCCCUUAAAACUGGACCAAAUACUCCGCACCGCAACCCACGAGAAUCAUCUGUGCUAAUCUCUGUCCGUCCUGUGCCUUGAAAGUAUUGGCAAGUUCCAAUUAACCCUUCCAGUUGAGGAGUCAAAAUACUGAGCAGUAUUGUUCAACAUUUCAAAUCCCUGCAGGAUAGUUUUCAAGUGAAGUGAUAUGAAGUGUGGACCCCAACCACCCCAACUCCAUCAAACUCCAUCCCCCAAUUUUUGUGGAUUUCAGGGGACUUGGUCCAGUAGGCCUGGUGUGACUCAAUAUUGAUGGAGUAUGAUGGACUUGGGCCUGAAGCCCUGAAGCAGUGCUA